CGGGCGCGAGCAUGGCGGGCUGGUGGCGGGCGCUGCCGCGCGCGGCCCGGCGCUACCCGUGGCCCACCAACGUGCUGCUCUACACCGGGCUCUACUCGGCCGGCGACGCGCUGCAGCAGCGGCUGCGGGGCGGCCCGGCGGACUGGCGCCAGACGCGGUGCGUGGCCACCGUGGCCGUGACCUUCCACGCCAACUUCAACUACGUGUGGCUGCGCCUGCUGGAGCGCGCGCUGCCGGGCCGCGCGCCGCGCGCCGUCCUGGCCAAGGUGCUGUGCGACCAGGCGCUCGGCGGGCCCGUCGCGCUCUCGGCCUUCUACGUCGGUGAGGGGUCCGGGCGGGGCCGGGCGCGAGCCGGUAUGAACAUUGUCCAGGGAAAGGAUGAUAUAUUUUUGGACCUGAAACAGAAAUUCUGGAAUACGUACAAGACGGGUCUGAUGUAUUGGCCUUUUGUACAGCUGACCAACUUCAGCCUUGUUCCUGUUCACUGGAGAACAGCUUACACAGGACUCUGUGGUUUUCUCUGGGCCACCUUCCUUUGCUUCUCCCAGCAGAGUGGUGAUGGCACCUUGAAGUCAGCGUUCACCUUCCUUCUUAAAAAGGAGGCCAGUGCGGUUGAAAGGCCCCCAGAGAAAUAAGAAGUCAAGGACUCUCUUUAGUGACUAAAUUUUUGUUCUAAAAUGCACUGGAUUGCCUGCAGGGAAAAUACUUGACUUACCAGUUAUGUGCUUCAUUUUGAUACUAUUCUGUAGACCCCCUUGUUUUUUAAUUAUCAAUGAUUAUUUUAAAUUGUAUUCAAACCUUUUUUUACCUCCCAUUCUAGUCUGAAAGUCUGACUUCUCUAAUAUUUUCACUUCUCUGAUAUUUUGGUUAAUAUCAAUAACGGUGGCAAAAAUGGCAUUUUAGAGUUAUUAAUAUUUUUAUUCUAAUAUUUUAAUUCCAGUUUCAUGAACCCCAGUUUUGACCAUUGACAUCUCUAUUCUAAAAUCUCAGGUUAUCUCCUCAACACUUUUGGGGCAGAUUAUCUUUUAUACCAAAAUUAGUCCUUGUAGUGAAUUUCUAUUUACAUAAAAUCCAAUCAAGGAAAAGAUUGAAAAACCAGAUUUCCCACCUAAAAUAUUGUAUAAUAAUUUAUUGUUAUGCUGAUACUAAAAUUCUGUAAGUACAUUUUUUACCAUCAAAAAAAUAGUGUUCUGCAUAGAAUGUAUUUUAUCUACUUUUACAAAUUCUAAGUACUUAGAUGUACUUAAAAAUGUAUGUAUUUUAAGAACUUUAAAUGAAUGUAUUUUAGUUUUGAGCAUGUUCAGUUGACUAAAGCAACCCAUUUCCUAGACAUAUGAAAUAAACAAAAUAUUUGGCUUCUUAAUGAAAUAUAUUGAAUUUCAGAGGAAGGAAUAACUCUGUAAAGUACCAAGGAAAAUAAUUACCUCAAAUUUCACACUGAUCUAUUUUUGAAAAUCAGUGCUUUAAAAUAAAUUCUUGUACUUUAAGAUAGACAUGAGAAAAUUGAUCUAAUCUUCCAGAUUUAUUCAGUUUGUCUAACCUCAACACCGGCAGAUUUAAAAAUUAUGUGAAUAUCUCAAGAAGUCUCAGCAAGUUUCGCCUAAGAAUUACGCCACAAUUCUGUUGCUUUCAGUUGCAUAUUUCACAAAUUUCAAGAUGUGAAGCAUGGAACUGUUACUUUAUCUUGAGGAUUUAUAUUUAAGAUUAAUUUAUGAAUAUAUACCUAAAAAUUUUAAGCAUACAAUUUAUACCAUAAGUUUACAUAAGUCAUAAGUAUAUAAUUUAUCUGAAUGUAAUAGGUUAUUAAUAUAUUUUAUAUUAUUGGGACACGAGUAAGGUAAUUUCUAGAUGGUUUAAUUCUAAAAUAAUUUGUUAUUUGCAUUGUUUUAAAAGUAGUUAAUACAACAGAAAAGCUAUUUUGUAAUACAUAAGGCAAAUUUUGUCAUCAAAAAAGUGUAUGCAGGGCAAUUAUAAUAAGUGCUACUUGGCAAAAUUUUAGAUGAGCUUCAAGAUAACUUUUAUGAUAGAAUAGUGUUUGCAUUUUGUAUAAAAGUACUUGUGACCACGCCUUGGAAAAAAAUAUUGUUUAUACUGUCCAAAAAAAGCUUAUUAUUCACAAAAAUUAGAGUAUGAUAGUCUUUACUCAAUGGUGUGUCGCUUUGUACUAAAGAGAGUAUAUAGCUCUGUACGAUAAAGAAUGUAUUCUCUGAAAUUUUGCAAAUAAUACACUUUAUUUUCAUGCGA